AUGUUUUCCUCAACAAGAAAACGUUCACCCGCGGCCUUGCGUCCAUCUAUCAUCACUCCUCGUACUGCCAAAUCACGGCCUAGCUUCGAGGCUCGCGUGACAAGCGCACCAUCCCCCGUCCAGCGAAAUCCAGUCCAUCCAGAAUCUUCAGCUGCGAGACAACUACGCACACCAUUUUGCUCUGAAACCCACCAUGAAGUUGAUUGUUCGGGAAGUUCAAUUGAUGAUGAUCUUGAUCAUGUCAUCGUCGCCAUCGACAUCAAGGACUAUGGGACGGUGGGCUGUGCUUACUAUUCAGCAGAAGAGGAAAAGAUGUAUUUGCUUGGUGACAGUCGAUCUGGUGGAAUGGAAACAAUCGAUACCUUGAUUGCCCAGAUCAAGCCCACUGUGAUAUUGACGCCCCCUCGAGUUGACCUAGCCAGCAUACAUGGUCAAACCCAGAGCCUAGCACAUGAGAAUGAUUCGUCAUCCUAUCUACCUUAUCAGGUGGAUGUUCGUCCCACACAGGAUUUCAGUCACUCAAAUGCAGAGAACAGACUGAUUGCCCUAGAUGCAUCGUCUUCUCAUGAGGAUCGAAUCCGCUUCUUUGUGCCCCACAGUGGUCUUACUGGGCCUGAGGAGGUGAGCCUCGAGGAUAUGGGGUUCACGCUCCACGAGGGACGACUUCUACACAUAUCCAGCAUUAUCGACAUGGAGAACCCUGUGACAAUUGGUUGUGCUGGAGCAGUCCUCACCUACCUACAGAAACGUAGAGCCGCGAGUAGCGGGAUGGAACUUGUGGAUGGCUGUGCAUUCCGAGUGCGAUUUUUGGAGAUGUUCAGUUUGAAGGAUACGAUGUGGAUUGGAAGCAAUGCUUUCUUAUCUCUCCAAAUCUUACAAUCCGAAUCACAUCCCAACAUGUUCAAUCAAGGUCCAGGAAAAAAUUCCGCUUCCGCGAAGGAGGGUCUUUCGAUAUAUGGCCUUUUUAGGCGCUUUGCAUACACACCCCAAGGAAGAGCGAGACUCAAGCAGCUUUUCUUUCGCCCAAGCCUGAGCCUUGAUACAAUUCGGGAAAGACAUGAUUUUAUCGGAGUACUUUCACGGCCCGACAACAUGGCUGCAUUGGAGACGAUGGCAAAGGCAUUGAAGCAUAUUAAGAAUCUCCGACCCACAAUGACCAAUCUUCGCAAAGGCAUUAGUGUUGGGAAAGGCACGACUACUGGAUUCAAAGCAACAGCAUGGGAGAGUUUGUUGGCUUUUGCCUUCUACGCGAUUGACAUCCAUGUUGCUCUACAGGAGAUCUCCGGUGCUGAUGUCCUACAAAUCCGAACAAAGGCCUUCCGGGUAUUCGAAGCGGCGCAGCUUCACAGGGUAGGCCGAAUGAUUCAAGAGAUAGUUGAUAUUGAUAAUUCCGACGAACAAGGAAGAACUGUGGUCAAACAAGGUCUCGACCGGGAUCUUGAUCGGAUGAAAGACCGCUAUGAUGGCCUGGACAGUCUCCUCAAGCACGUGGCCAUCGAUAUUGCAACAACCAUUCCAGAAGAGCUGGAAGUUGAUGUGAAUGUAAUCUAUUUUCCCCAACUUGGAUUCAACAUCGCUAUUGCUCUCAACCAAAAUGGCGCAUGUUCAUAUUCUGGGUCUCUUGGGGACUGGGAAUUGGUGUUCAUUACGGAAACGCGAGCUUACUUCAAAGACUUUCGCAUGAGAGAACUGGAUGAAAAGCUCGGGGAUAUCUAUGGACUCAUAUGUGAGAAGGAAAUCGAGAUCGUGUAUGAUCUAGCUCAAAAAGUACUUCAAUACGAAAGUGUGCUGAUAGAGGCGUCCGAUAUUUGUGGUGAAAUCGACUGGUUUGUCACACACUGGUACAUUGUGGCACAAACUAAAUUUUUCACAAGCAAUCUCGCUCUCACUCAGGCUGCCAGCUCUUAUAACCUGACCCGACCGAGAAUGGUACCGAGAAAUGUUAUCAAAAUCAAGGGCGGGCGGCACCUUCUGCAAGAGAUGACAGUCUCUUCCUAUGUCCCAAAUGAUACAAUUCUCGUGGGACGCCCCCCAAACCCGGAAAACAUUGCGCUUGAAAGUGAAGUUCCAAGUAUGCUACUGCUGACUGGGCCAAAUUACUCAGGAAAGAGCGUCUACAUGAAACAGGUCGCUCUUAUCGUUUAUCUCGCCCAGAUAGGAAGUUUUGUCCCCGCAGACAGUGCAGAGUUGGGGAUCACAGACAAGAUACUGACGAAAAUCAACACCGAAGAAAGUGUGUCAAAGAUCCAGAGCACUUUCAUGAGCGACCUGCAGCAAAUAUCUCUUUGCCUGAAGCAAGCGACCGGCAGAAGUCUAAUACUCAUUGACGAGUUUGGUAAAGGGACAAACGAAAGUGAUGGCAUCGGUCUGGCAUGUGGAGUAUUUGAGCACUUUCUGGGCCUUGAUGAUUCUCCCAAGGUCCUUGCUGCCACCCACUAUCAUGAGAUUUUUGAGAAUGACUUCCUUGCUCCGCGGCCUAAACUACAACUAGGACACAUGGAAGUCAAGGUCUGCGAAGACUCUCAAGAGGUGGAAGAUCAAGUCACAUACCUCUACAACUUUCGCGAGGGACGAAGCAACAAAAGCUUCGGUACUAUUUGCGCAGCAAUUAAUGGUAUCGAUGCAUCCAUUAUCGCCCGCGCCAAUGAAAUUAGCUCACUCGCUGCCCGAGGCGAGAAUCUCAUUGCCGCAUGUGCCGCUAUAUCUGUGGACGAGAUGCAAGCACUUCAGAGUGCGGUAUGA